AAGCUGGAUAGCAAGGUGCUUGCUAAUCACGAGGAUCCUCGCUAUGUGGACUUGUCAGACCCCAAAGACACCCGGAAGGGUGGUGCAAAGACUCACCCUCUGCUUCUCGAAGGCUCGAUGCGAUGCUAUGUGCUGCAGAAGGUGAAGCAAAUUUUUCGUUGCAUUGCUAGCAAGGGAUGCAACACCACAUGGGCAACACCACGAAACAAAGAACGGAUCCUGGACCACUUGUCAAAAUGUGGCUGGCUUGAUUCUGACCUGCGGAAAAGAGCAAUUAGCGAGCUCGGGAAGAACGCGAUUGGUCCUCCCGCACAUAUCUCAUUGGAAGAUGAUGAGAGCCACACUACCACCGCUGAUGAUGGUGGGAAGCGACUCAAAUCAGGCUCAAAGGGUGGGAAGCUGCCAGUCAAAGCAUACAUUGGAGAAGGGAGGAAGAUCUUGAAGGAGAAUGGUGAAUACGCGAUCAUGAAGUACCUUGUCUGUUGUGGAGUUCCACCAACAGUUGUUGAUUCCGAAGAGUGGAAGGAGCUGAUGGCCGUUCUAAACCCAAACUUCAUUUCUCCCAGCUCUUCGACUAUUACCUCACAUCUGAUAGUCGACGAGGCUGCUAAAAUCACCAUCGCUAUUGAACAAUACCUUGGCGCAUCACGGAACUUGACAAUCACAUUCGAUGGAGGCAAAAUCAGACAUCCGAAGUCUUUCUACUCUAUCCAUGUCACGACCGCAGAUCGGCGAUGCUUUUGCAUGGCAUUGGAUGACGGUUCUCGUCUAUCACACUCGGCAAAUUACAUUGUCAUUCAACAGGUCCGAACAAUAUUGGCACAUAUGAGUCGCUCAAGCUACACAAUGGAGCAUUAUGAUCAGAAACGAGCUGAUCUUGGAAUCUCUCGUGGGCUGGAAGCCAUUGGUGACACUCGCUUCGGCACUAUUUACUGGGCAGCACUAUCUAUCCAACGUGGAUUACCAGCAUUUCAGGCUGUCGUUGAAGAUACUGAUCUUGGUAUUGACAUAGCAUCUCUUAAUGAUAUUUUCGUCCCGGGAGGUGCAAAAUUGAACUUCGAACUCGAGCUCUCCAAGCUUCUUGCUGUUAUUGGGCCGUGGGCCAAAGGCACGAGAUGCCUCGAGGGUGCACACGUCACACCCGACCAAGUUUACUUUGUAUUUCUUGGCAUCUUAGCUCAACAUGAAGAAGACUUCCGCAAGAAUGAGUUUCGACUUCGAAAUAGUACCAUCGGGAGUGUUCGUCGAAUCGCGAAUGCCAGAUUUGAUGAACUCAUCAACGAGACUCCUCAGAUGCACGAUGUUUAUAUAGCCUCGUUCGUCCUUAACCCAAUGUUUCGUAAUGCUCCAGUGUAUAAACAGGCCAUUCCGCUCGCCAUAGACCCCAUCCUGAUCAAUCGAAGCAAAGACAACAUCACAUGUGCAUCAAAACCUCCCCCCGAAAUGUCAAAGCGAGCUGCUCUCAGCAUUCAAAAAAUUUUGCAGCGCGAGUAUGGCAAUGUGUACGACGCUGAUGAAUAUACCAACCCAAAAGCCGAGAUGCAACGUCGGAACCCUGCACUUGCACACCUAACUCCAGCGGAAGCCCUCGCUCGUCUUCAGAGUCAGCUGAAGGCUUAUUUCCGUGCCGAAGAUCCAUUCAACCGCAAGAUGCGCUCGAAUGAAAGCCCGCGUGAUUACUGGCGAGCACUCUUAAAAUCAGGAGACGAACUCGCUGAUGUACUUCCGAUUAUUGCAAUCAAAUUGUUCUCCGCAGUUCCAAUUUCUAUGGCAGACGAACGCACUAUG